GCGAGAACUGUUCGAUAUAAAAAGGCGCUUCUGCCAUCGGUAAGGCAUCAAACAGCUUCAAGCAACCGUUGUCUGCAGCACACAUCUGCCUCAAAGCUAACCGUCAAACCAAACCAACCUAAAACAUCAGCAACAUGAAGGUCUUCAUUGCAUCGAUCGCUCUGGUUCUGCUGGCCGUCGCCGAAGCCUCCUAUCUGCCAUACGGCGGUGGAGUUGUGAGCAGCUACUCCUCGGUUGCCUAUCCAUCCUACGGGCUGUACGGAAAGUCGGUCGGUGUGCCGGUUGUCAGCAAGUACGCCUAUCCCGCGGUGUACAACAGCUACCCACUGGUGAACAAAGUUGUGGCAUACUCAGCGCCGGCUAAGGUUGUGAGCUACGGCGGUUAUGGUUAUGGUGGCUACGGUUAUGGUGCUGGCUACGGGCUCGGUUACGGCAAGGUUCUGCCAUCGAAGUACUACUGGUAAUUCCGGGUGUGUAUGCUGAAUUUGGGAACAAUUGAAACGAACUACCGGAGCAACUUAAGGAUCAAAAUGUACAGAAAAAUGGCGUUGUAUAAAAGCGGAAUUUUAAAAUAAAUCAGUAAAAGCAUUGAACAAAAAUUAAAA